AUGACCAACAAAAUUAACACUCUUAAAAAUUCUAACAACCCUAAUGAAAAUAAGCUUAAUAAACUUCAAUCUGACUUAAGCAAUCAUCAAAGUGAAGUGCACAACAAUACGUCCAAAAGGGACAGUGCGUUGAAGGACAUCCACUCCAGGAUGGUGUCUCUUGCUGAGCUCAGUGGGAAGCUUGGCCAAUUUAUUGGCCAAAGUGACGAAGUUACUACAGCAAUUAAUGAUGGUAUUGACGCAAUUAUUGACAGUGAUAAAGACUUCAAAAGCCUUAGAAAGUCUCCGUCUUCGACUGUGCAGCCUCCCGCUGCCGUGUCUGCUGGGCUUAUAAAUGAUGGUGAGCUUAGCAGUAAAAUUAGGCAUUAUGAGAAAGAAAUUGCGUCUCUUUCCGCUGAGAUAGAACAACUUAAAAAGCAAAAAACGUCUGUCCCCGAUGACCUUAAUAAGUCUCAUGAGUCUCAUCAGUCCAAGUUGGAUGCUCUUCAGAGGCUGAGUAAGCUUAAUGAGUCUUUUAAAUCUCUUGGUAGUAAUAAUAAUGAUGCUUGUGAAAGCCUUUUAAAUAACCUGUGCUCCGGCUUGGAGAAGUUUCUUGGUUACCAAGAAACUUCCAAAGGCUACGAUGGCACUGGCAUCGUGUACUCCGACCUUGACAGGCUGUGCGACGGGGUGAUGUCUUUCCUUCAUGGUGUUCUUGAGAGUGUGAAAGAUGAUGAGAGCGUUACAACAUACAAUAAAUACAUUAAAUUAAAAAACAAUGAUGAUGAUUUACAUACUGUCCUUCAAAUUCUCCAAUCUUCAAUUGGCCAGGGACGCAGUGUCUUUGGUGCGCAGGUUGAAAAGGUGAGUGGAUGGCUUAAGAAAUAUUGGACGCAGGUGGACACGUCAACUUUUCAAGUUACCCAUGAAUUAGAUGGGCUCAGGAAGGAUUUAGAAGGUAAGUAUUUUAGUACAAUUCAUCCUUCGCAGGGACUGGGAGAGCAACUGGACAAGUGGAAGAGUACACUGGACAAGAUUGCGGGAGACGUCACACAUAUAGAAAACAAAUGCGUUAAUUUGUUAGAUGCUACAUUGAAAAAUAAAUUGAUGCAUGAAGUGAGGCCGAUUGAGAAAUCUGUGCAGUUGCUGAAGGAGAGUGCUGGGGAUGGGAACCUUGACAGCCAGGCACGGCAUGUGGACAGUGAGUUAAGGAUUCAGAGGCAGGGUAUUGAGAACGUUAUAAAGACGGGGAUUGAGAGAGUGAGAAGUGAAUUAAGAGAGACGUUUAAAAAAGUCUGGAGGGGAAUUGGAGAUUUGCAAAGCAAAAAAGAGCAUCACCUUGACAUUAUUAGUCAGCAGUUGAAGAAGGCGUCCGACGACUUGCUUGGUGACGGAGGGGUAAAAUUCGAUGAAGAAUACAAGAUUAAGAUUGUUGGUAUGUUUACAGAUAUUAAAUGGGAGAUCAGUAAGCUUCAUGAAGCAUUAAAUAAAAAGAAAACGGAGCUUGUACAUAUGUUAGCGUAUGCUCAGAAGGAGUUUAAGGGUGUUAGUCAUUUCACUGUAGCCGAUACAAAGAUUGGCGGCAGUAAGGGAAGUGUAGAACAUUAUUUCGGGGUAUUGAAGGAGAAAAUUGAGAAGCUUGUUGUGGAACUUAACGGUACGGAAGAGGGUGCUGAAAUUGCUCAAGUCGGUUUCCUUGAAUUAAUUGAUAACGGCCUCACGAAUUAUGGUAUGAGGUUCGACGACAAAUUUAGGCCGGCGAUUGGGGAUAUGGUUAAUAAGAUGAUGGCAAAUGACGGUGUUGUCCAUAUGUAUUUGAAUACGUCUAUUAAAAGUAGCUCCCAGAAUUUAACGAAGUUGAAAGCAGCGAUAGUGAGCCAGAUAAAAAAGCUCGAACCCGUGUCAUCAACCAAAAUAAAUAUCACCGAUAACGCCGAAGACAGUCUCAGCAGUAUCCAAGAGUAUCUUCAGGGAUACGCGGAGGCUAUUGGAAUGAAGCUCGGUAACAUGAUGAAUUUCAUCCAGCUAGUUGAGGGCGAUAAGGAGUUGGUAUCUGUUCCGAGAGGUACGAUCUCCGUUUCGGACCCACAUCUAACGAAAGCCCUCACCACCAUCUUAACCGCUGUCCGCUCGGCAGCUCUGAGAGUUAAAGAAGAGCUUACAGAGUUCACAACCGAUACAUCGGCGGCAACCUCAUACAACCUCGGCAAGGAUUUAAAGUCGGCCAUUGGCAAGGUCAAAGAUAUCGGCCAGCAAUUCGAUCCUGCUAGGCUGGCCGCAGCUCACGGUGCCAUGAUUGCUGAGGCGAUAGAGAAAGUGAAGCCCAAAAUCAAAGAGCUUGGUGAAGUUUUAGAUACAAAUGGCGCUGUGGGCUCAAUAAAUGGCAUUAUUAAGGAUAUUCGGAAUGAUAUCGCUAAACUUGAAAAACUGAAAAAUGACGAUGUGAAUACUGAAGGAAGUAUCGAAAAAAUAAGAAAAGCUGCGGCCGAUAAAAUGGAGGAGUUGAAAAGUGAGAUUCAGGGGAUCCUCACAGGCAUUAAAUUGAAUGUGAUCACAUCUAAUGAAAUCCUGACGUCGGCAAUUGAAUCCCUCGGCACAACCGCCGUUGAGGCUGAAAGGGAUAUCAACAAUGCCAUCAAACAACUCGAAUCCCAGUUACUCGAGCAAACUGAAAAGGCCUUUAGAAAUGUCACCGACCAAGUCAAAAAACUCUUCGCCGAGCAGCACAUCGCGGACCUGUCGGCGCUGCAUACGCUGGUUGAGCGAAAAUUGGCGGAGGUGAGGAAAAUAAUUGAUGAAGAUAAAGUGACCGGAAUAAAAGGCCUAUUAAAAAGCGUAAAUGGUAUGCUGUUUGGUAUAAAUAAAGAAGGUAUGCCUCAAUUCCACAAGCCACAAACUACAUUACUUGAUGCUCUUAAAACUGCCGUGCCUCAGCCAGCUCAGGAACCUCUGAAAGCUGAGCAGUAUCGUGAUAAAUUAUCCCAAUUAUCGGAAAAAUCAAAAUCAUAUCUCGAUAAUUUACUGGCGUAUACUGAACUCCAAGUUAAAUUUGAAGGGCAUCACAAAUCCCCUACCAAAGAGUCUCAAUUGGUACGAAGCGUUAACGUCCGACUGGACAAAUUACUUGACUACCUAAUUAAAAUUAAUAAUGUGGACACAAAUAGAAAAUACACUUUUGACCACAAUUCCACUACAUACCUUUCCGAAUUAAAUGACUCCAUCUCCUCCCUCUCCCCUCCAACUUCCACGGCUUCCACAACCCGCUUCUCCUCGACGCCCUCAGGCGCGGCAUGA